CACAAAUGCUAGUAGUACUAGUAGCUCAAGACAAGCACAGUUCAAAAUCGAAUUGUAUGGCAUAGACUCCAUCCCCAUCUCUCUUCCAUUCCUCACCUUCCACCCCUAAUCUUAAACCAGCCACUCCUUUUAUGCCAUGUGGCAUCCCAAAUAUCCAAACUGAAACAAAUAACCACCAAGCUUCUCUCCAUGCCUUUGUUUAUCACAUAUACACCAUUUCAAUCCUCAUCAAACCAAUUCUCAUCUCUUUUUAGCAAUUAUUAAACAAAAAUAUCCAUUAUAAUAAAUAUAAAUAUAAGGAUCAAUUGACUAUUAAACCCAUGGCUAACUUGCUUUAUCCCAUCCAAGUCCAAUUUUAUCUCACCUUAACAUACCUCCAAAUUAUCCAAAACAAGGGGUAGUCACAGAAAACACAUAAAAUUAUAAAAGUAAAGGGACACAUCACUCCCCUCACCCAAUGACAUCACUAGCCAACAAUUUUCUUUCCCUUCCAAAAACUACAUUCAUUAACCUUCUUAGCCUUUUAUUUGUGUUCCCAAACUUUUUAUUUUCAUUUGGAAAAAGGAAAACAACUCAUAUAUGUUGUCUUAAAAUCAUCAUAUGAACUAGAAAGAAACAUACAUUUAUAACCAUAUCUUCCUCCCUAAACACUACUCCAUUUCUAAGGAGAGGAAGAAUACAACCCACCCUCCUCCCCCCCAAAAAAAAAAUGGCAGUGUGCACAGUCUACACAACUCAGCUCAACCCAACAUGUUCAUCAAUCUCCACACCAUCAAAAUCCCACUUGGGAUUUCACCAAAGACAAGUAGUGUUCUACAGCACAGGCAAGAGAACCAACAGGAGAGGAGGCAAUUCUUCUUCUUCUUCCAUUAGUACCAGCAGCUGCAGCCCCUAUGUGAUAACAUGCUCAGCUGGUGACUCACAGACACUGGUGAUUGGUCUAGCUGCUGACUCUGGUUGUGGCAAGAGCACCUUCAUGAGGCGGUUGACAAGCGUGUUUGGAGGCGCGGCAGAGCCACCUAAGGGAGGAAAUCCGGACUCAAACACUCUGAUCAGUGACACCACAACUGUGAUAUGUCUCGAUGACUAUCACUCUUUGGAUAGAACUGGUAGAAAAGAGAAGGGAGUCACUGCUCUUGACCCAAAAGCUAACGACUUUGAUCUCAUGUAUGAACAAGUUAAGGCUCUCAAAGAAGGCACACCUGUUGAAAAGCCUAUUUACAACCAUGUUUCUGGUCUUCUUGACCCCCCUGAGCUCAUCAAACCUCCCAAGAUUCUUGUCAUUGAAGGUCUUCACCCAAUGUAUGAUUCUCGAGUGAGAGACCUCCUGGACUUCAGUAUCUACUUGGACAUCAGCAAUGAGGUUAAGUUUGCAUGGAAAAUUCAGAGGGACAUGGCAGAGCGUGGCCACAGUCUUGAAAGCAUCAAAGCCAGUAUCGAAGCUCGGAAGCCCGAUUUCGAUGCUUAUAUUGAUCCACAAAAGCAAUACGCAGAUGCUGUGAUUGAAGUGUUGCCAACUCAACUCAUUCCAGAUGACAAUGAAGGAAAGGUGUUGAGAGUUAAGUUGAUCAUGAAAGAAGGGGUCAAGUACUUCAGCCCUGUUUACUUGUUUGAUGAAGGAUCCACCAUAUCAUGGAUUCCUUGUGGGAGAAAGCUCACCUGUUCAUACCCCGGCAUCAAAUUCGCCUACGGUCCCGACUCCUACUUUGGCAACGAGGUGUCUGUUUUAGAGAUGGAUGGACAAUUUGACAGAUUAGAUGAGCUGAUCUAUGUGGAGAGCCAUCUGAGUAACAUCUCAACCAAGUUCUAUGGAGAAGUGACUCAACAAAUGUUGAAGCAUUCUGAUUUCCCAGGUAGCAACAACGGUACUGGUCUCUUCCAAACCAUUGUUGGAUUAAAGAUAAGAGAUCUAUACGAGCAGAUCAGUGCAAGCAGGGCUCAAACUCCGCUAGAAGCUUCAAAAGCUUAACUAAGAUAAUAAAUAAAUCACAACUGGACAACAUGUCUUAUUUGCCAAUGAAUAAAGUGCCAAUGAGAUCAGCUUAGUCCAGAACAAAAUAUCUCCUCUUCUUCUUCUUUUUCUUCAUCUUUUUUAACGGUUUUUUACAUUUUCUAAUUUAAAUUUCCCCAACUCCUACUUUCUUUUCUUUUUCUUUUUUAAAGAACUUUCUGUUGAGUGUUAGGCUAUUCCUAACAAGAAAAGGGAACAGAGAACGCUUCUGUACGUAUGUAUUUAUUUUUCUGUGUAUUUCGAUGAUAUGUUGGAGAUGUAUAAUAUAGAGAAUCAUAAAUGAAAAUUCUGUUAUCAAUAAUGUUUAGAAAA